AUCAUGGCUUUGAUGAUAGUAUUCGCCAAACAUCCAUUCACAUGAUAUUGUAGUUUUGAAGGUUGUGGGAACAAAUGAAUCUGUUAGACAAUGCUCUCCCAGUAUGUGAUAUAGAAAGAUUGAAAACAAAAAAAAUGACAACACAGCAAAACAGCCCUGGACUUUUACAGAGAAUCAGUGGCUUCAGUAGGGAGAAGAUAAUCAACACAAUUAAACAAAGGGAAACAAGCCACAUCCAAGUCCUGAAAGAAUUCAACCUAGUGAGGAAAAACACUACAGUGGAGGAAAUCAUAGACUCCGUGCUGGGUGUUGGAUUAGAAGCAGAGGAUCGAGAGAAAGUCACGACUGAAUUUUUGUCUGUGUGUCUGUUUGUGUUAGAAAUUGACAAUCCAUGGCUAGAUGACCUUCUUGCACUUAGAAGUGGUAGUGGAGCAGAGGAAAAGUGGAAUAAUAUAACUAAACAAAAUGAAGUGGUACCAUCUGAAUAUUAUAAAGGGAAACCAUAUGAAAUCUUCUCAUGUAACUGCAAAAGGCCAUCAUGUAGAACAUGUAAAGAGAGAGACUCACAGCAGAGGAAACUAAAGAACCAAAUAAGGGAUUAUUUUCCUCAUAAAGGGGAACAACCAAAACCAGAGAUACUGCAGGAACUUCAAGAAUAUAUUCAUAAGCUACAGAAACAGAGCAACCAAUGUUGGGAAAAUGAAAUAGAAUUUGGAGGACUCUGCAAGAAGAAAGAUUGGAAAGUUCCUUAUGUUUUUGGAACAGAAAAAAUGAAACAAGUUCUCCUCAGACAUUUAAAUUCUUUUCAAGGUUCAAUUUCAGAAAGUAAAGAUUGUUUUGACACUAGUUUGGAACAGAUAAGACAAAAAUUACUUGGGUUGGGAUUUGAAUUUUGCUGCAUGAAAAUAUCUGGAAACCCAUUACAAGUUGAGGAGAAAAUAGGAAUGCAAGAUCAGGAAAACAAGAUUCUGAUGGAUGUAAAGGAGCUGGUUAACAAACCUCUUAGCAAGUCUGACAUAAUGAAGACACUGACCAGACAUUCUGUUGGCAUUCUACACUGGCAGAACCACUGCCAGGCCACUGUCACAUGUGUAGGAAAAAACUUUGUGUUGGCACCAGCUCACAUAUUCCAACAGGAUAAUUUGGAGAUUUGGGAUCACUUGCUCUUAAUUUAUUGUGAGAAAGUAUUUGAUGAUAAAGCAAAUGAUGAUGAAGCAAAGACAAAGGCUUUCUGUUAUCUUAGACCAAAAGGACACAAUUGGGUCAAAGAAAAGAUGGAUAAUAUCUCAGUGGAGGAAUCGUUUAAGAAAUUUAUGGAAGCAGAAUUUAAAAACAUCGAAGAGAAAUUUCAUGUUGAGGUUAAAAAAAGUGAGGCUGCAAUCAGAGAGAUGCAAGGUGAAAUUGAAAAACUAAGUAAAAUAAAGGAAGAGGAGUUGGUGAACUUGAAGCCAGAAGAGAUGAAAAUACAUAUUGGAUACACAGAGGGUGUGCAGGAUCAUUUCAGGGAAAACUGCUGCAAAUAUUUUGUGGAUGAAGUGAUGUUUAUAAAUCAUAAACUUGACUUUUCCUUGCUCAAAGUCGAGGAAUCAAAGAGCUUCAAAAGUACCAAGGAAUUAUCUGCCCGUCAAAGCUUAGUUCCUAUGGUCCUAGGUUCAGAAGAUCCCAAUAUGAGCCAUAUAUAUGUAGCCUCACAUCCAUUUAAUAGGACUCUGACAAUUGAAAACUUUGUAAAACUUCUUAAUGAAGAUGAGGUAUGUUCAUUUGUCAAAAACUUUCAUAUUCAAGCAAUAUUACAAGCUUUAGAAGAAAACAAUGAUAAAAUCCUGAGGUAUGCAUCUAAGCCCAUUCAGGGAAAUGUUCCAAACAUGGUUUUACUGCACAAGUUUGAAACAGAUUGCAUGACAAAACAGUUAAUAAAAAGAAGCUACAGUGAAGGGGAAAUUCCUGGAAGUCAUUCUAAUUACAAGGAACGAAAUAAAGUAGCAGAUGAGCCAAAACAUAAGAAGUUGCUUGUGUCACUGGAGAAAUUGAAGGAUGGCAACUGGCAUUCUUACAGUCUGGGAGAUUUCUGGCACUGUGAUAUACCAAAAAGGAAAAGUUUGCAGAUCCCAAUACCAGCAUCAAGAGAUGGAACUAACAAGCCAUACAGAAUAAUUUUUACAUCAAGGCGGGAACAAAUGAGCUUUGCUUGUGAGAUUGAAGAAGAUGGUGGGGAUGAUAAACAAGGCAUUUUGAAGAUUCGUAAAUUAGACUGUGACAUUGUUGUAAAAGAAAAACCAACAAAAUCUCUACUUUUGGCUGUGGAAUCAGAAAGGAAAAAUAUAAAAUGUGGUGUUGAAAAGGGAAAAUUCUGGGUAAAUGAUACAGAGAAUCAGAAAUCUGAUGAAAAUGGGACCAUUCCAUGGGAAGCUAUUGAUCAUGUUAAUAGUGAGGAAUUUAAAACAAUGCAUGUACUAAGAAAGGGUGAAUCUUGUCAUUUUCCUGAAAUUUCAUUAACUGUACAAAACAAAAAAUUGCAUUAUAGCGUGAAGAAAAAAAGCACAGAGGUAAGAUUGAUCUCAUGUUUGGAAGAGACAAUUUUCAAACUAGAACUUGAAGGUGAAGGUAAUGGAAAGAAAGAGGAUGAAAAAAUAGGAGGAGAAAAUUAUGGUGAUGGAGUUGUGAAAAUCAGAGUUGAUGGGGAAGAGCAUGAACUGGAUUUAAAGCCUUCACAGGGUGCUACAAGAGGAAGAAAUUUCAAAAAAGAGAGAAGAGAAUACAUUCACUUUAAAAAGGAUGAAAACUGGACAGGGAAUGUAUUGAUGAAAAGAAAACACGGAAUUGGAAAUGAUAAGGUACAACACAUGUACUGCAGUCUAAAUGUAAAAUGGGACAACACAACUAAAAAAUUCAAAUACAAAGCCGACAGUGAGUGGGAUAAGUCAAGAAAAGUGACCUUGAGAGACAGGGACACAGAGGAGUCCUAUGUGGUUUGGCCAACUGAUUCUUUGCCUUCCAACUUUGAACUCCAGUUUCCAAAAAAAGAAAAGCCCCGUGUCACCCUUUCACUCAUCAUCUACUCCGACAGUUACAGAGUUGUAGAAUUUGAUCCAGAUGGGAGAAAAAGCCAUGGAUGUUUACUUCGCCAGGUGAGUUCACCUGGAAAACCCCAAGAGACUGAAUAUCCUCACCAAGAAAUAGCAAGGCUGGAGAAAAUUUCACCUUCUGAGGAAAAACAGAGAUUUCUGCAAAAACUAUCCAAAUCAUUCAGUGAUGAAAAACAAAAGAAUUUUAUCCUUAAUGAAGAUACUUUGACUGAAGAAAGAAUGAAGUAUAUUGGAAGUCACACUGAAUUUAAACAUCUCAAGUUGAUUGACAUGGAGUAUGGUGCUUCUGGGGGAGCAUGUUGUUACCUUGACAACCAAGGCCAGGUCACCUUACAUGGCAUGUUCCUUGGAGCAUGUCCACCAUUUUAUUACAACAAUGAGGACUUGCAGCAUUUCUUCAGCAAGUCUGGCACUUGUUUUAACAAAAUCUUACCUUCAGGGAAAAUAAAAGACACAGAUGCAGAACUACCAAAAGAGAUCAAAAUUAUCCAAACUCAAAACAAUGAAAAUCAAUUUUACAUUCAGGGUCCUUGAGUCAAGGACAGCUUACAGAUGGAUAAAGGAGAGUUGCCUAAAUUAAUAUGUAUAUUAAUACAUGUAUCAUGUGAUCAUAUCUAUUUCUGCAAUCACUGUUUGAGAGAAAUCCAGUAUCAUGUGAACUAUGCUAUUUUUUGUAUUGCCUUUUACAUUUAUUUAUGAUUAUACCUGGUUAUUAUAUUAUUAUAUUAUGUGCACUUUGGAAAAGAUGAAAACUUUAUUUUUAAAAUACUGAUGUAUAACUGGUUAUUUAGGUGUGAUAUAUAUUUUGCUCAUUUAGGAGAUUUACAUAGAUAUGCCAAAAUAAAAUUGCUCAACUUAUACCUGUACUUGCUUUAAUGCAUAAAUGACCAAACUGGCAAAUUCAAAGAAUUGUGGUCCCCAGAUUUUAUUGUCUUAGUGGUUGGGAUACAAUUAUUUAUUGCAUAUUUCAACUGUCUUAUCCGUGUAUUUCUGUCUUGUUUGUUCAUCAUACCAAAUAACUAUUAAAUUUUGGAAUUAAUUAAAGUUAACAGUCUAAUUUAAAUCUUAAAACUGUCUUAAGCAUCAAAGUGAAAGUACUGUAAAUGUAUUCUAUUUAGUUUGUAUGUUUAAAUAAUAUUUUGGCAAAAAUGAAUUUUCAACAAGUUAGCAUAGAUUUGAUUUUAGCACUUCUUAA